AUGGUCUGCCUGCUCUGCUUGUCCAUCACGAUGCUGAAAAUAUUUGGCACAGUGGCUGCUUUUGCAGCUGCUGUGAGGGCCCAUGGAGAUCAUGGAAGUGAUCAGGAACCACUUCAAGGGCCGCACAAGAGCUUGUGGUACAACACGCUGCCUGGGGAUGGUGGUACUCAAGCAGACUCCGUCUUCUCCGGCAUCUCAACUUUUGGACGAGUCCAAUACUCCCCAUGCCUCAUGACAGAUGAUGUGAAGUACGACAUUGCCUUCAUCGGUGCGCCAUUCGACACCGGCACUUCGUACCGCCCGGGAGCCAGAUUUGGCCCAAGUGGAAUCAGACAGGGUAGUCGCCGCCUGAAUCUCUAUGGUGGCUACAAUGUGCCACUGGAUGCCAACCCAUUCAACGACUGGGCGACCGUCAUCGAUUGUGGUGACAUCCCUGUGACUUCAUACGACAACUCCUGGGCCCUUCACCAAAUCGAAGAAGGCCACAACAGCGUCAUCAUGCGCAAACCCGCUACAAACGCCUCCUUGCCCGGCAUCUCCAAGCACGGCAAGACACUCCCACGAGUCAUCACCCUUGGCGGUGACCACACUAUCACCCUGCCACUCCUCCGAAGCAUGAACCGCGCCUACGGUCCCAUAACCGUGAUCCACUUCGACUCCCACCUCGACACCUGGCGACCGAAGGUCUUCGGCGGUGCACCCUCUAAGAUUGCUUCCAUCAACCACGGCACCUACUUCUACCACGCCGCGCAAGAGGGACUCCUGCGCAACGACACGAACAUCCACGCCGGAAUCCGCACGACCCUUUCUGGCCUGUCAGACUAUGAGAAUGACGGAUACUGCGGCUUCCAUAUCGUCGAAGCGAGGGAGAUUGACACUAUUGGCAUGGAAGGGAUCAUCAAGAAAAUUCAUGAAAGGGUUGGACAUGAGAAUCCCGUUUAUUUGAGCAUAGACAUAGACACGCUCGAUCCAGCAUUUGCGCCUGCGACUGGGACGCCAGAGACAGGUGGGUGGAGUACGCGGGAGUUGAGGACGAUUGUGAGGGGGUUGAAGGGAAUCAACUUGGUUGCGGCGGAUGUGGUCGAGGUGGCCCCGGCUUACGACACGAACGCGGAGCUGACGACGAUGGCGGCCGCUGAUACGUUGUAUGAGGUUAUGAGUUUGAUGGUUUUGAAUGGGCCGUUGACAAAGACUGCUACUGUUGAAGCGAAGGGGGAGACGUGA